GCACAAGCCACUGUACACCUAUUCGUACCUUUGGCACCGCAGUGUCUCCACUCCCGAGUGCCCCUCACUCGUUGCAUCCCACAUUUUCCCCCAAGCGACCGGAGACCUCUAAACCAAAAGUCUUGAUCCAUCAACAAAUAACGUCACACUCCGUCUUGCGCCGCGCUUCCUAACAGUACAGACAAGCUAGACUGCGCUUCCAACGGAACGUCCCCUCAUCUAAGUCUGGACCGACGAUCGCCGAAUAGAACAGAGCCACAACCAAUCUGUAGCUGCAGCUGAACGCCAAGUGCCCCUACCACUAUGGCAGACUACACCGACGAUUCCAUCACGGAGGAUAUAUGGGCAUCUCCAGGCCCCGAGGGCAGAGGUGCACCUCCCUCCGAGCGGCCCGAAACCCCUAGAACACCAAAGACCCCCAAGACACCAAAGACGCCCGCAAACCAGACCCAUAACGCCCCUUAUGAUAGAGAGGCUUCUUUGCGGAAAGAAUUGGAGGGAGUGCGGAACAUCAAUGCUGCCAUCGAAGGCAUAAUCAGCACCCUUGACAAGGCCAAGGGCAACAUGAAUACUGUUGGCAGCACCGUGUCAAAUGCAUCCACACUCCUCAACACCUGGACCCGAAUCCUCUCCCAAACCGAACACAAUCAGCGACUCAUUCUGAACCCCAACUGGCAAGGCGCAAGUAACGACUUGGUACAACUGGAGGCAGAGACUCUGCAGAAGCAGCAGCUUGCCGAGAGACGGGCGGCUGAAGAAGAGAGGCGACGCGAAGCGGCUCGGAGGAAGAGAGAGGAGGAAGACGAAGAGCGACAGAGACAGGCGGCAGUCGGCAGUGCACCACGUGGCCGGGGAGUUUCUCGUGGGCGUGUGCGAGGCACCUCAUCGGCAACCCGCGGUCACAGCUACUCGAGUAGCACAUCGAGGAUCGGCAGAGGCGCGGCGAGCGUUCGUGGUGGAUAUCGGGGCCGAGCUAGAGGUACGGAGUAAGGGGACGAUACAUUUUGUUUGUGAACGAGUACCGAUACCCAAAAAUGAAUGCAUUCAAAUGGUCGGCCGCCGGCUAGCCUAUUUCUUCUUGAAGAAGUCGCUCAUUUUCUUCAUGCCCGUAGUGUUGACCUUGCUCAAGGCCUUCACGCCUCGCGUUUGGCUGGCCUUCUUCUUCUUUUCCUCUUCCAUCUUGCGCUUCUUCUCAGCGCGGGCCUCCUCCUCUUCCUCGUCGAGCAUGCGUUUCCUCGAGUAGUCGGCCAUGGAGCGAGAUGAGGCAGCUUCUGCGCGAAGCUUGGUGAGCUGGACCACGUAUUCGUCCAAUGGCGAGAAGUCGACGCCUGAAGUUUCCUUGUCGGCAAGGAGCUUCUUCAGAAUCAACGCCAUGCCUGGCGCAACAUAGCUUGAGCAGAUGAAGUUAAAGGCAACUUUGAGUCGUUGCAAGCUGGUCACCUCGGCGGAUGCUAGGAUAGCGCUAACGACGGUUUCUUCGGAUGGUUCUCCAUCGACAGACGUGGCUGCUGUGGAAGCAUUGGAUGUUGCUGAGGCUUUGCUAUCGACGGUUGAGACGGAUGACUGGGAUUCGCCAGAUUCGUUCGACGGUGUUGACGUAUUCGCUUCGUUUGCAGCCACUUCCACCUUGACAGCUUGUGACUUCUGAACUUGAAUAGGAGCUUCCAAAACUUUCUUGACAAACUUCUCGUCCAUGCUGGCGGGGAGUCCCUUGGAGCUCAUAGACCGUGCCUUUGCGAGAAUCUGAAGAACAAGCUUCUUCUCACUCAGCCGGUACAUCUUCUCAUCGCCAGCAUCGACUGUAUCACACACGACUUCCAUACGUGACUCGAGAAGCGCUCUCGUCUUGGGGCAUCGCAGAGCCUCGGACAUGUGAGAAGACGAAGUCGAGACUGCAUCGAAGUGGUCGUCGCUGGAAAGGAAUAGUCGCUUCGUGUCUGUUGGCUUCGCGGUGCCAAAUAGGCCUGGAACCAGUAGGAACAGAGGAUCCACGGCUGUCGCGACAAAAAGGUCGGCGCCAUUGGUGACUUGGGCUUCAAGCCGAGAUUCGUCCUUUGCGUCCGUCUCCUCCAGUGUGCCAGCGGUCGUCUCAAUCAUCCAGCUCCUUGGUGUCGUCUUCGGCGCAACAACCUUUGUGAACUCGUAGAUGCCUGUCUCCGGGCAAAGCAGGUAGCGGGUGGACUUGGAGUAGCGAGGGUUGGGAAGAGAGACGAUGCGAGCCUCACGCGUAGCUUUUUGGGGGAUUAUGAACAGCUGGGGAGCGCUUGACGACUCCUCAGGUAGAGUGUAUUUGGCCGUCGAAGAGGCAUUGCUCGACUCGGUCUUUGCCGCCGGUGCGGCCUUGGUCGCUCUUGUUCUCGCCAUGACGAAAGAUGAUGUGUGUAUAGAAGUUAGGUCGAUGAUGUACAAGGAGUGAUUUACACCAAAAACAGACCAAUUGACCCAGAAAGAACGGCUGUUGAUUGUGUGAGAGGUCCAAAGAAAGAUCUGGUGGUGGGUUGAAGUUUGUAUGGAAGUAACCAAGCUGGUGGUGGUCAAUAGUGAGUGGGACGAAGAUACCUGGUACCUUCCGCUGAGA